AUGUCAAACGAAGACGGAACUGGUGCCCAGUUCGAGCAUUUGGCACCACAGUACGAAGCAGCGUUCGCCCGCUUUCUACGUCGUGACUAUAAUAUAAGCAUUCAGCAGCUACAUCGACGUCUGAACAAUCGACUGCUCGAUUUUGAUGCACAGCUUGGAAUGUUACUGUUCCGCCACCCGGAACAGAUUUUACCACUGUUUAAUAAUGCAUUGGCACAGGAAGUAAGUCGCAACGCUGGUGAGCCCCUUGCAGGAGGUGGACUACCGUCUAUUCCGCUUAAAGCACGACGGAAACUUAAAGUGCGUGUCGAAAAUUUGCCACCAGUACCACCGUUGCGCAAAACUACAAUCAGCACGAUCCGGUCCAACGAUGUAAAGCAAUUGAUUCAGAUUGCAGGCACUGUUGUGCGUACAGGAAUGAUUAAAAUGCAAGAAACGGAAAGAGAGUAUCAGUGCUGCAGUGCGAGGUGUGGGUAUAGAUUCUUGGUGAGAUCUGACCCGGAGCAAGGCAAUAUAUUGGAGAUCCCGAAAGUCUGUCCAUCGGAUAAUACAGGAGACCCAAGUAGUGGUGGCAAAAAGCCGUGCAAAUCAGUUCAAUUCAUGCCAAUAAAAAGCGCAGAGAAUACUGUCGUGUCGGAUCACCAGGUUAUCAAAAUUCAGGAACAGGCGUCAAAAUUGGGCGUUGGGUCUAUUCCUCGCUCGAUUUUAGUAGUUUUAGAAGAUGAUUUGGUUGAUUCAGUAAAAGCUGGUGAUCAUGUCAUCGUAGUGGGAAUUCUCAUGCGGAUGUGGAAACCAUGUGUGAAAGGUAUCCGUUGCGACCUUGAGACGACAAUUAAAGCGAAUAGCAUUCGCAUUAAAAAUGCAACAGCACCGCAAGUUUUGGUCACAGAAGAACUGCGAGCCGAGUUCACGCAAUUCUGGAGUAAACACAAGCACGACGCUAUACGGGGACGCAAUGAGAUUGUUGCCAGUAUUUGUCCAAAGGUCUAUGGAUUGUUUAUCGUGAAGUUGGCUGUAGCCCUUACAGUUAUUGGUGGCAUCUCAUCGGUGGAUAAUAGUGGCAUGAAGACUCGAGGAGAGCCACAUCUGCUAUUGAUUGGUGAUCCAGGCACGGGAAAGUCACAGUUUCUUCGAUUUACUGCUGAGCUGAGUCCGCGAUCCGUGCUCACAACCGGAAUUGGCACUACAAGUGCUGGUUUGACCUGCACAGCCGUCAAAGAUGGUGGAGAGUGGAUGCUAGAGGCAGGUGCACUAGUUCUGGCAGAUCGUGGUGUGUGUUGCAUUGAUGAAUUCAGUAGUAUUCGCAGUAAUGAUCGAACAUCCAUUCACGAAGCGAUGGAACAACAGACACUUAGCGUAGCCAAGGCUGGACUUGUGUGUAAGCUUAAUGCACGGACCACAAUCUUUGCAGUGACGAAUCCAAAAGGACGGUUCGACCCUACUAUGGAUAUUUCGGUGAACACGAGCAUUGCCAGUCCGCUGCUUAGUCGAUUUGAUCUCGUCCUUGUGCUGCUAGACCGAAGAAAUACGCGCUGGGAUCACGUCGUAUCAUCUUUUAUUAUCAAACAGGCGGUUGGAACAACAACGAGUAUGAAACAAGAGGCUGAACAUGAUGAAAGCAAAGAUUCUUUAAAUAAAACCGAUGCGCAGGAGGUGAUAAUGUUGACAGACGAAUGUGCGCUUUGGAGCGUUUCAAAGCUUCAGGCAUACGUCUGCUAUGUCAAGGACAAGUACAAGCCUGAAUUGAGUCGUGGAGCGAUGACUAUUCUACAACGUUAUUACCAGAAGCAGCGCGCAUCGGACAGUCGAAGUGCCGCACGCACGACUAUUCGACUUUUGGAAAGCCUUACGCGAUUGGCGCAAGCUCACGCAAGACUCAUGUGUCACUCGGAAGUUCGUGUUAUGGAUGCAGUUGUGGCGGUAUUCGUAAUGGAAGUGAGCAAAUCCACGGAUAAUUCCUCUGAGUUGCUUGAAGGGGGUGUGGAAUCUGUCAUGCAUUCCUCUUUCUCGGAAAACCCAUCGGAAGAAUACGCACUGCAGGAAAAGCUUGUGCUCGAUUACCUCACGUUGCCUGAGCUCAGUACUGCAAAAUCAAUCAAUCUGUCCAAGUCAUCAGGGACUCAAUCGUUUGCAACGGAAGUAUGCAAGAUGCGCAUAACGGGAAAAGAGCGAGAAUUAAAUUCUAUGCCGUUGUACCUCUCUAACCGCAACCUUCACAAUGAAGAUGAAAAUAUUAUGGACGAAUACCGUCGAAGCUAUCAAGAUAGUCAGUACACUGAAGAAAAGCCUCGCGUACUUGCACAUCCGCGCUUUGAUUUUGGACGGUGGAGUCAACAGGCAAAGGCGAGUCAAUCGAUUAUCAGCAAGUGGAAGUAG